UUUAAUGUGAUGGAUGAUAAGGAGAAGCUCUGCUUCUCCCAGCUAGGAGGCUCCAUUUGACGCAAGACGACAGUGUGCACACGCUCCUGCCCGCUCCAACUGACCUGUCCCAGGCGCAAGGCACUUGGACGCGUGUGCGCUUUUGUGUGCUUUGUGAAAUCUAACAAGAGGACUAGGACUGGCGAAUUGGUGAGCAGGGGCUCUACGAUUUUGCGCCUGCUUUUUUUUCUUUUUGGCAGAGGGGACAUUAGCGAGAAAUAAGAGCUGACAGAUGAAGGAAAAAACAUUGCCAUUUAAUGCAUAAGAGUUGCAGCUUGCAAGGCUGUGCGCAAUCUUCAGGAUAGUAUUAAACUCCAUUGCAUCUUCCUGAUUUCAAAGUUGCAGUCCAAAAGUUGUGUUAUACCAGGGACGUUUGCUUUAAGUGUUUGAAUACAGUACGAACAUUCAUAGGUUUCUCGGGCUUUCGACAACAGACUCUGUGGGACAUAUUUUCAAGCAACUUGCUGACAGUAGCUACACUUAUAUGUGUCCGAACAACUGAUUACCGUCCCUAGGUAUACUGUUUUCUUAGCAGGAAACUAGCACUGAAACACAUUUAACUGAAGGUUGCAGAAGUUUCCAGCAUUUUAAGUGGAACGAACUUGUAUAUGGACUGACUGAGAUGGCAUCCGAUCUUACAAUGGGCACAGAGCUACCCAACAGCCCCUUGGCCAUUGAGUAUGUAAAUGAUUUCGAUUUAAUGAAAUUUGAGGUAAAGAAAGAGCCUCCAGAGGCUGAUAGGUUCUGUCAUCGUCUUCCUCCUGGAUCUCUGUCUUCAACUCCCAUCAGCACCCCUUGCUCUUCCGUGCCUUCUUCCCCAAGCUUUUGUGCCCCAAGCCCAGGGGCACAACCUACCCCUAACCAAAACAACCCACAUGCUAACAAACCGCAGCUAGAAGAUCUGUACUGGAUGUCCAGCUACCAACACCAUAUCAGUCCAGAAGCCCUGAACCUCACUCCUGAAGAUGCAGUGGAGGCGCUGAUUGGAAACAACCAUCACCAUCAUCAUCACCAUCAGAACUUUGAUGCGUACAGGGGCCAGCAAUUCACUGGGGAAGAACUGCCAGCCUCAGGUCACCACCAUCAAGUCCACCAUCACCACCACCACCACAACCACCACAUGAGAUUGGAGGACCGAUUCUCUGAUGAACAGCUUGUAAGCAUGUCUGUGAGGGAGCUGAACAGACAGCUCCGGGGCUUCAGUAAGGAAGAAGUGAUACGUCUCAAACAGAAGAGGAGAACCUUGAAGAACCGGGGCUAUGCUCAGUCCUGCCGGUACAAACGGGUCCAGCAAAGACACAUACUGGAGAACGAAAAGUGCCAGUUACAGACUCAAGUGGAACAGCUCAAACAAGAGGUGUCGAGGCUAGCCAAGGAGCGGGACCUCUACAAGGACAAGUACGAAAAACUGGCCAGUAGAAGUUUCAGUCGGGAGCCUCCGGCACAGCCCAACCCAGGCAAGAAUUCUUCAUCUGAUUUCUUCAUUUAGACUGUCAAAACAUGUGCGGGUGUCCCACUUACUUAUCCCAGGUUCGAUAGGGUAAAUGACUUUAUUCCUGAUGUAAAUAUGUUUUUGUUUGUUUUAGUUAAAGACUUUUUACCAAGAAACCUCAUGCAUCCUUCACGUAAGAAGAAAGUUCCCAGUUGUCCCAGUCAGUCAGCCCCUGUACCACACUUUUGUCAAGGACCUUGGGAGAAAAAUAACGGACAUAUCUCAGUAUUUUAACUACAUUAAACAGCGUUAUACCCGUUGACUAAUGAGAACUCAGUGUACUUUGAACUUUACAGACUCUAGUUCUCAAUUAACUUUUAAAGACAAAGGGCGAAAACGUUGGGAAGUUCUCGGUGAAAUCUUAAUCUGUGAGGCUAAAGAGACAGGACAAAAUCUCUGGAGAGGUAACUACUGAAACAGAAACACUUAAAGCAAUACCACUUACUUGAUCCAGACAAUGGAAUCUAGAAGAGAGAGAAGAAGAAAUAAAAUCCAUCCAUUCGGGAUACUUGUGGACGAAAAAUAAUAUAUAUAUUGAACUUAAAUUACUGUGAGUCUUAAGACUUUUUUAGCGAUCCUGCAUGCGGGACAUGUAUGGUAUUUCACUUAUCCCUAUCCUUCUUUUUUCUACUAGAUCAGAUGAAAAGCAUGGAAUUUCUUUCUUCUUUCUUUUUUUUUCAUCUUCUUUCCCGUCUUGUCAAAUUUGAUAUUAUUUACAGCACUUUUUAAAAACAAAAUAAUGUAUAUAGUCUUAACUUUCGUAGAACUUGAGUGUACUCUGCUGUUUCUUAAAGGUUUGAGGACACAUACUUAAAAUCUACGUGUUCUGAAAGUAUAUGUGAACUUUUAUUUAAUUUAUCACACUUUCAUUAUUUCUCUUUAUUUUCUUUUUCUUAAAAGGGAAACCUGAGCCAGACAUUUUUAAGGUGUCCAUCUGUAAAUACGCAGAACUCCGACAGUUUUAUGUUUUUUUUUCUGAGUCUAUAUUUUGCUUGGUGAUUUCAACAAACAAAAUGUCUUAAUAGGAGUUUGUAUGUAUUAGCAUGCAAAUGUACUGUACAAAGAUAAUUUAAUCAUGAUGAAGAGUUAAACGGAAAAAUAAGCCUAAUGCACUAUUUAAUUGGAUCAGUUGGCUACAUGAUGCUGUUGUUUUAUAUAGAUUUAAAAUAGCUAUGCUGUUGAUAAUAUUGGAACCUAAACAUUUUUGAGGUGAAAGGCAAUAUAAUGUUAUAAUAUAUAUAAUAUAUGGACUGCAUCAGUUGGCUGCUACUUCUCUAUGCACCAUGUUUAUUUAUUAUCCCUGGAAAAAUAAACUCUUAAUUGAAUAA